GCUAACACGACAACCUCCAAAAACUUGCGGAGCUUAUAGUUGCUUCUGCAGCCUCCGAAAUGGUUUGCGAGAAAUGUGAAAAGAAACUUGGCAAGGUAAUCACUCCAGACCCGUGGAAAGCUGGUGCCCGAAAUGUUAUCGGCAGUGGUGGUCGAAGGCUGAACGAAAAUAAGUUACUUACCGCCUCAAAAAAUCGCUUCAGUCCAUACUCCAAGGAUUUUAAAAGAUGUCGCGUUUGCGCACAGAAUGUUCACCAACCUGGAUCACAUUAUUGUCAGUCCUGUGCAUUCAAAAAAGGCAUCUGUGCUAUGUGUGGUACUCGAUUAGUUAACACGACCAGCUACAACCAGUCUUCAGCUUAAGGCGAAGCCAGAGUGUCGGGAACAUAACGCAUUUACUUGAUCGCUGUGUGUUGAUGGUUUACAUGUUACCUUCGCUUCAUUUUUAUACUUUGUUUUUCAAAAAUCAGUUAACCUUUAUAAAUACUUCCGAGAGUGCAAAUGUGGCUUGGAAUAAUGUCUUGAACACAUCUCUUAAUUGGCAACGCCCAGCAGAUAAUCGGUAAUCAUUGCUGGUUUUCGUUACCCAAUGUCAAUUUCUAAGAACAGCUUGUUCCUGGAUUUCUGUCACGAUUAAUGUUUUCUGAAUAGUAACCUGGAACCUGCC